AUGGCCUCGACCUCUGCCGCCUCGACCUCGGGUGACAAGAUCGCACCGCGUCAAGUGCUCUACUGCGCCGGUCAGUCUCGCCAGACUCGCGGCGUGGCUGUGACCUCACCGUGCAGCAUCUGAUCCAACCCGGUGUACGCGCCACAGUCUGCUCGUUCCCGCCAGAGUACUGCGAGUUUUCGAGUAAAUCAUCAAAGUGCGUUGCCUACCCGGUCUAUUCCUACCGAAGGCUACUCAGCCCAGUUCAGGACUGACCUUCAACCCCUAUCCAGAUGCAAGACGUGGCUCCAAGAUGCCCACCCGGACCUGUACGCCAAGUUCUACUCCGACAGUCAGUCCGAGGCCAAGGGGAAGGGGGGGAGGAAGUAGUGCCCGUCCGUCAGCCAGCUCUCAACUGAUGCGAACUCUUCCUCACCAGCCGCUCUUGAGGACAAGUUGGCGAACCUGACUGUCGAACAACGCGAAGCACUCGAUAAGGACCUGGCCAAGAAGCAGAGAAAGGAAGAGGCCAAAUUGGAGAAGGAGAAGGCUCGGGUAGCCGUUAGUCCGAAACGCUCCCCUCCCGUCCUGUCCUUCCACUGAACCCCUCUCUUCUCCUACACGCAGGCCUCCAAAGUUAUCAUCACCCGAUCCGAACGCAACAAGCGCAAAUUCGUCACCACCGUACAUGGCCUGGACCAGUUCGAUAUCGACCUAAAAAAAGCGGCCAAACUUUUUGCCAACAAGUUCGCCACCGGUAGUAGUUUAGGCAAGACACCCCAGGGCGAUGACGAGAUCGUCAUUCAGGGCGACGUUUCUGAUGAGGUGAGGACGGACACAAAGCUGUUGAGAAGGGCGAGAUCGUGCACUCAACUCGAUCUUCUUCCUCACAGGUCGAGGAAAUGAUUUUGGAUGCCGAUGACAAGAAGGCGUUCGCCGUCUUUGGCGGCAAGGUCACGGAGGACCAGAUUGAAUACGUCGAACAAAAGCCAAAGAAGAAGGCCGGACCACCGCCGAUCGCACCCCAAUUCGGGUGA